AUCGCCAUGUGUAAUUCCCAUUAUCCCUGUUGGUGUGGAAUGUGAAGGAUGUGAUGCUUCAGGAGAAGAAUCAAAAGAUUUCAAGUUUGAGAAGCUGAAAGUGUUGUAUUCAGGAUACAUCAACUAACACCUUUUAUUUUGGCAGGUCGUUAUAUUUGUCUAGUACUACCAAAUAGUUGCUGGUCACUGCCCUAUUUUCUGGCUUGUCAGAAAAAGAUAAACCACUUGUUUCAUGAAUUGCUAUUAUUAAGGAAGCUAUCAUCUUCAUUGUCUUAAUCCAUUGUCAUCUUCUAGUGGGAGCUUUACCAAUCAAAUUGCUUGAAAGUCUUAGUGUUACCUACAUCCACACCUCUAUAUCCUACCAUUUCUUCCAUACAUUUACAUCAAAGGCCAACAUUCUGUAAAGUGGUAGUUCCACUUAGAGAUCAGCAAUGCACACGUGUCAAAAAUCCAUUUCACGCAGAUAACACACAGGAACCCACUUGCAAACGAGAGUUCAGAAAUUGUUAGCCACUCAGAUGUUUCAAAAACUCUCCCUUUACUUUCUUCAAAUUUGAUGGAGCAAAAUAGCUUCUAAAUGUUAGCCAGAGACAAGCUCACCACCAGCCAAAGCCGGCAGCCAGAGCCGAGUCAAUCUGAGCAAACCACACCAAGAGUCUUAACCAUAUUGUCUACGGUGAUAGAGAAGCUAGUGACUCGAAAUGACCGGCUUGUAGAUGGCCUGAGCCAUAGGGUGGAUGGAAUGAGCUCAGGACUGACUCAUCUAGGGAAGAGCUUAAAUGCAUUUCAUGGCGUAAGGGCACCUACUAUAAGCAUCCCCAAGUACUUGGAAAGGCUAUACAAGUACACAAAUUGCAGCCCAUCCUGUUUUGUGGUUGGAUAUGUGUAUAUAGACAGGCUGUUGCAUAAGCACCCCGACUCUCUUGUGAUAUCACUGAAUGUCCAUAGAUUGCUGGUUACAUCUGUCAUGGUUGCUUCUAAGGUGCUGGAUGAUGUGCAUUAUAACAAUGCAUUCUAUGCAAAGGUUGGUGGAGUUAGCAAUGCAGAAUUGAACAGGCUGGAAAUUGAACUACUUUUCCUUUUGGAUUUUGGGGUUAUGGUGAGUUCUCGAAUCUUUGAGAGCUAUUGCCUGCAUUUGGAAAAGGAGAUGCUGUUGCAUGGUGCUAUCCAGAAAAUUGAAAGGACAAUACCCUCUAAUUCCUUGGAUGAUGUGACAGAAAUAUUGGUAGAAGAUAUGCAAAAUUCUUCACCACCUCAACUAGUGGACUGACUCUUCCUAGUUAUUUUUCUCAGCGAUUCUCUUGCUCACAGAAUCAUGUAAUAUGACGAAAUGCUCAAAGUUGCCCCAUGUUUGCAGGACAUAUAAAGGAAACGAAAGGUAACUGAUACCAGGAAAUUAUCUGGGUGUUUUGGAUUGCAGGAAAAAAGGAUACAUUCAAUUAGUUAUAUGGAAUUCAAAAUCCCGAGUUUUUACGAAUCAAAGAUGCAUGAAAGGAUGUUGUAAUGCAAAAUCAAUUAGUUGGGUGAAAAAGGAAAUAAAUAAUCCUGUCAGCAUCCGCAAAUGCA